ACGCACGUCACCCGGAAGAGAAGGCCGAGGGAAACGUCGGGAGCGAAAUUGUUGUGGACUGUCUGCAGAAGUGUUGAGCUUUAUUCUGCUAUUGAGAUAAUCCAGCUACUUACAAACCAACUACCACCCCAGGUACAUUUGCAGGAGGGUUUAGCCUCGUCGUGCUCACCUUAGAGAUGUCGGUCGUGCCUCCCAGUCGCUCGGCCGCCGGCUGGCCGCGCGGUGGUGCCGUUCAGUUUGGGAACAAAUACAUCAGCGGGCCUGCGAAACCGCUCACACUGGAGAGGACCAUCAACCUAUACCCUCUAACCAACUACACAUUCGGCACCAAGGAGCCUCUGUAUGAGAAGGACAGCUCAGUGGCUGCUCGGUUCCAACGGAUGCGGGAAGAGUUUGAUAAAAUGGGAAUGCGGAGGACGGUGGAGGGUGUUCUCAUCGUCCAUGAACACAGGCUGCCUCACGUCUUACUGCUGCAGCUGGGCACCACUUUCUUCAAACUGCCCGGGGGAGAGCUGAGUCCUGGAGAAGAUGAAGUGGAGGGUCUGAAACGCCUGAUGACUGAGAUCCUCGGACGGCAAGACGGCGUGAAGCAGGACUGGGUGAUUGAUGACUGUAUCGGCAACUGGUGGCGCCCCAACUUUGAGCCUCCGCAGUAUCCGUAUAUUCCAGCUCACAUCACCAAACCUAAGGAGCAUAAGAAGCUAUUCCUGGUUCAAUUGCAGGAGAAAGCGCUGUUUGCCGUCCCCAAGAACUAUAAACUGGUGGCAGCACCGUUGUUUGAACUAUAUGACAACGCUCCUGGAUAUGGACCAAUCAUUUCCAGUCUACCGCAGCUAUUGAGCAGGUUCAACUUCAUUUACAACUAACUUGAGUGAGCAGAAGUACGUCUGGCUGUCUCUGUGAGUGCAGUCCUGUGUGAGUGAAGAUGAGAGACAAUAUGGAGAAAAAAAUACUUCUCACCUUUGGCUCAGCUUUCACAAAAGAAAAGCUUGUCAUGUCAGGUAUAUUGACAGUUCACAGGGGUGUUUGUACUAUUACAAGAUAAUGAAAAUGUCAUGUGUCUGUUUUUUUUUUUAUCUUGAGAAACUCUGGUUUUGUAGUAAGCAAGUCUGUAUUCCAGUGUAUUAAGAGUCUGAUUUUAUGUCCUCUCAGAGGAGGCCAAUGUUUGAUUAAACAAACUACAUCAUUGCGUUUCCUGUUGUUUUAACCUGUAACAAUGCUGUGUAUUUUCUUUUUCUUUUUAAUAAAGCGGUCCUUUGAGUAUGUUUUUAUAAAGUACAAA